GAUGUGUGUAAAGGGGUCUAAAGGUGGGUUGUUUUUGGUCAUCUCACUGAUCUUGAAGAAGCGUCCUGGAUGAGAAGCACCAAUGCGACAGUGAGGCUCAAGUGAGUUUAUAUCUGAACAAGAUCCUGAACUUUUCUUGAACCAACAUGUCCACUGGGUUGGAUUGCAGAGAAAGGUGCUAGUCUGAUACUAGGAAAACCCGAUCGCUUUUAAUUCACGCAUGACGACGCAUAUGCCCCAGAGCCACAAUUUGCUAACUCAAACCAAGCAUUAUCUCACUCAUCGGCCACAAUGUUGGCGGUUACAAGAUGGCCCGGCCGUAGGGUCAUCACACAGAGAUCUCGGAAUUCCUCAAUGCAGUUGCAUAAUUUCGUGAGGGCCAUUCAAGGCAACUCGACUUCACAAUUGGGUAGCACGUCAAAGUUCGCCGCUCUAUCACCCCGGCCCUUCCAUUUUUCGUCACAACAUCGUACAACGACCAUCGAAUCACCUUCAUCACCUUCAUCACCAGCAGCCCCCCAAAUCUACUCACCGCCGACCACAGGGCUACUCUCCCGCCUUCCACCAUCAUGGGUUCCCUAUGCCGAGCUCGUCCGGCUCGACAAGCCCGCCGGAACGUACUACCUCUUCUUCCCGUGUCUCUUCAGCACUCUCCUCGCGGCCCCCCUGGCGGAACCGAUUGCGUCCCCUCUCACCGUCAUCGGCACUAGCGCGCUUUUCUUCUCCGGAGCUCUCAUCAUGCGCGGCGCCGGAUGCUCCAUCAAUGAUCUCUGGGACCGGAACCUCGACCCGAAGGUAUCGCGAACUCGGCUGCGGCCUAUUGCGCGUGGAGCCAUCACACCAUUCAAUGCCCUGGCAUAUACGGGAGUCCAACUGUUAGCUGGGCUUGGCAUAUUACUUCAAUUUCCAUUCAGUUGCCUAUUCUACGGCGUGCCGUCACUACUCCUAGUAGCUAUGUAUCCACUGGCCAAACGUGUGACGUAUUAUCCGCAGUUCGUACUGGGCUUGACAUUCUCUUGGGGCGCCAUGAUGGGGUUCCCUGCUCUGGGCGUGGAUCUGUUGUCGAACAGUUCAGCAUUGGCAGCCGCUGGAUUUCUGUACGCAAGCAACGUGGCAUGGACAAUGUUGUACGACAUGAUAUACGCGCAUAUGGACAUCCGGGACGACGCGAAGGCGGGAAUCAAGAGCAUCGCGCUCAAGUAUGACAACGAGACAAAGAAAGUCCUUAGCGGGCUGGCAAUCGUGAAAAUUGGGUUGCUGGGUGCCACAGGAUGGGCUGCUGGUGCUGGGCCAGCUUUCUUUAUUGGAAGCUGUGGAGGAGCUGCGGUGACUUUGGGAUGGAUGAUUAAGAGGGUCAACUUGAAAAGCGUGAAGGAUUGCUGGUGGUGGUUCGUCAAUGGCUGUUGGAUUACAGGUGGUACCAUCAGUUUGGGACUUGGAGCUGAUUAUCUGGUCAGAGAUCUUGAAGACCGCCAGCGCGAGACCGAGGUCGACGAGACGAAAUGACAACCGGGAAUGUACAACAGGGGAAUAUGCACAAAACCGCCCUUCAAUAUGUUAAUAGAUGAGUCAAACUAU